AGAAGCUAUUGGCUCACCAAGCCUUCCUGCGCCAUGUCCUUGCUUCGAGUUCCCUUCGCCUUCUAUCGUAGCGGCUCGUCGAGGGGCCUGUUCCUUCAAGAGGAGCACGUGCCUGCUCGAGGCGCUGCCCGUGAGCGUUUGCUCUGCAAGCUUAUGGGCAGCGGGGUCCCAGGGCAGGUCAGCGGAUUCGGUGGAUUGACCGGGCCCACCAACAAGGUGAUGAUUGUGGGGCGACACUCGCAAAGUGGAUGGGUGACGAUGGACUUCAACCAGGUGGCAGUGGAUGUCCCGAAGGUGGACUUUUCACACGGGGACUGCGGCAACAUGUUGGCGGCAGUGGGGCCCUUCGCGCUGGAACAGGGCCUCGUGGAACCGGAGAUCAAUGGGCAAAAAGCCACGGUGCGGAUCCAUAGCGCCAACACGGGCGCCUGCUAUGAGGCGGAGGUGGCCUUGAACAAGCACGGGGUGGAGUACCAGGGCGACACUGCAGUCCCUGGCGUUCCAGGAACGUUUGCCCCAGUCCAUCUAGCCGCCGUCGGGGUUGCAGGUUCCCAAACUGGCGCCCUGUUGCCCACGGGCCGGUCGGUCGACCUGCUGGAAGCAGACGGCCUCCACUGGGAGGCCACACUUGUCGACUUCGCCCGAGCCCUGGUGGUGUUGGACGCCAAUGCUGUGCUACCAGCCUUUGGCUACUCCGAGCUCACUGAGAUAACCCUGGAAGUGGCGCGGAACGACCCAAAGCUUUGUGCAGCUUUGGAAGCGGCCAGAAGACAAGCCAGCAAAGCAAUGGGCAUGGGCGAUUGUGCUGGCAAUUCGCCGAAGCUCGCCUUGGUUGCGCCAACCACAGAGGCCAACUCUUUGGCGUGCUGCUACUUUGUUGCCCCAGAACGACAGGUAGCCCAGACGGUGCCAGCCAGUCAUUCCCAGCCCGAAAUCAAGAACAAGAGGAGGAGAUGCAUCCCACCAUCGCCAUGACUGCAGCACAAGCGCUUGGGGCUGCCUGCUUGCUGGAAGGCAGCGUGGCUUGGAAGGCGCUGGGCAAAACGCCGGAGAUCAAUGGUGAUCGCUUUGAGCUGCUGAUUCAUCAUCCUCAGGGAGCCUUCCCUGUGAGUAUCGGCAUCCGGCCAGCUGAGUGCCACUUUCCACUUGGAGUUCCCGACACGGGUCGAUACACCACCACUGUGUGGCCCAUUGCAGAUGGCGUGGCAUUUGUGGAUGGUGACGAUGAUUAGGACCAGCUGAAGGCCUGGUUGAAAUCCUUUCCAUUGAGCCCACUCCGGAUGCCAGCCAGAUUGGGACAGUGACCCUAUGGAUCCCUGUGGGGAAUACAUGGGAAUACAGAAUAUGUCGACCUUUCUUUCAUUUUGGGGCAGUCCUGAAGCAGCCCGCAGACAGGGGCUUCAGCUGUUCAACGUGAAAUCGUUGGGCAGUGCCAUGUAUCCAGCGUCCUCAUCCGAGCUGUCCUUAAUCAGGGCACUCUCUUCGUUGCAAGCUUUUCUUUCAUGGGGUGCCUGCCAGCACUUCCUUUUUUUGUAAGCGUGUGUUGCUAUUUGCGCAUGCGAUCUCGGGCAAAGCAGCUACAAACGUGCA